AUGGAAGAUCUACUCAAUUUACUUCUUGGAACAGAGUCAAAUAAUUCAGACAAUCCCAGUGAAGAGGUUUUUCGAGCUUUUGUUCCAUCGUUAUUACUACCAGUAUUUUUAAUGGUGUUUAUUCCAUCUAAUUUUUUAAUCUUUCAACACCUUUUUAAUUAUCACCAAGGGUUUAUUCAAAAAUUUUAUGUCAGAUUACUCUUUAUGAUUCCUAUUAAUGCUAUUGUAUCAUACUGUCAACUUUUUGUUAGAUAUAGGUACAUUGUUUUCUUACAAUUAGCAAGAGACUUCUAUGAGGUAUAUGUUGUUUUAACAUUUUAUUUCUUAUUAUUAUCUAGUUGUGGAGAAGCUCCUUGUUUAACUAGAUGUGUUUCUCAUUUAAUUCCACGAGUUAAUCGUUUAUGUUGUUGUAAUGUUCCUGUUCCUGGUGUCAAAAAAAUGUUAUUAAUAACAAAGAUAUGUGUUUAUCAAUUUGCUAUUCAAAAACCUAUUCUUUCUAUUCUUAAAGCUGUAUUAGUUCAAUUCAAUUUAUUAAGGGAAGGACCAAAAGUGUUUUUGAGAUUAUAUGGAUUAUUUAGUAUGUUUGUUGCUUUGUGGGUAUUGUUAUUCUUCUUUAGAUGUAUUUCAAAGGCAGUAGUUGCAGUAAGACCAGUUCAAAUCUUUUUAUGGAUUAAAGUUGCUAUGUUCCUUAAUUUAAUACAAGAAUUUAUUAUUGGAUUAAUAAUUUCAAAGAAUCCUGGAAUUCAACAUUUCCUUAAUCUCUUUACUGGAUUAGAUCUUAAGCCAGUAGAUUAUGAAUCACGUGUAGCUGGUGUUGUGUUUUUAAUUGAAAUGAUCUAUUUAGAUUGUGUCUCACCAGUGGUAUUCCCAUUAAAGAGUGUUGCAGUAGUACAAAUAAAAGAAGUUGCUUUAUAUCUUGAUAAAAAGAAAGAAGGAGAACCAGAACGGGGAUAUUGGGGAAAUUUCUUAUUUGCCCUUAAAGAUGUAUUUACUUUUUGGAACUUUAAAGGAAUGGGAUGUCCACAUGGAUUAUCAAUUGAUAAUUAUUCAAAUGCAUUAUUUGAUAAUUGA